AUGCCUACCGACCUCUCCAGCAAAGUCAGGGCACGAAUGGAGACCCUCGGCCUGGGUCCUAGCGGCCCCGGAGGCGCUGGCGGGGAAGUGCGGUCUGCCGCCGCGGGGCGCCUUGUGGCCCCCAAGGGCCGUGUGGCGGUGGCGGCGGAGAGCUCGAGCGCGUGCGACAGCGCGGCGAUUGGGAGCUAUAAGAAGUCCCCAGAGGUCAAGAAGCUGAUUGAGCGGGCCAUAUCGUGCAACCUGCUCUUUGAGGGGCUGCCCCAGGCGGCGCUUGACGUCAUCAUUGACUCCAUGCAGCCGAGGGCCGUGGAGGCCAAUAAGGACAUUAUCAAGCAGGGCGACGUCGGCGCCACAGAGUUUUAUGUCCUCGAGACAGGCGCGGCGGAGGCCCUCCUGCUGCGCAGCGGCGACCCCAAGCCGCGCCGCGUCGCGGCCUACGGCCCCGGCGGCUCCUUCGGUGAGCUGGCGCUGCUCUACUCGGCGCCACGCGCCGCGACGGUCCGCACGACCGCGCCGUGCGCGCUGUGGGUGGCGGAGCGCGCGGCGGUCAUGCGCAUCAAGCGGCAGUUUGCGGAGCGGCAGGCGCAGGCCAAGCUGGAGCUGCUGGAGCGCGUGCCCAUGUUUGGGUGCCUGACUGACCAGCACAAGCAGCUGCUGGCGGGUGCCAUGGAGCAGCUGUCCUUCUCGGCGGGCCAGGCCAUCCUGUCGGAGCGCGAGCGCGGGGAGGUCUUCUUUAUCGUGAAAGAGGGCGCCGUCGCCCCCAGGGCGCCCAGCGCGCCCGCCGGCGCGCCGCCGCCCGCCGGCGCGCCGCGCCUCGGCCCAGGCGAGUUCUUUGGUGAGCGCGCGUUGCUGUCCCCAAGCAGCGGCGCGUUCAGCGGCGGGUCGUGGUCUGGAUCUGGAUCUGGAUCUGGGUCGUCGUCCGGCGCUAGGGGCGGCGGCGAGGGCUGGGACUACUAUGCAGACUCCCAGAGGGUGGUGGUGCUGGCGAUGCGGCGCGCCGAGUUUGAGCGGCUGCUGGGGCCGUACGAGGAGCUCUGGAGGUACGAGGUCCUGCGCCGCGUGCCAAUCCUGUUUGCGCUGUCAGACCGCCAGCUCUGGCAGCUCGCGCGCCUGCUGCUGCCGGGCGCGUACCGCAAGGGCGAGGCCGUGUUCCGCACCGGCGACGAGGCCGACACCUUCUACAUAGUGCAGUCGGGGGCGUUCACCUGCUUCACCAGCGAGGUGGGCGGCCUGUUCACGAGUGCCGAGCCCCUGCUGAUUGGCUACGAGGGCAAGGAGCUCGCGCGUGUGGGCCCCGGGCAGUGCUUCGGGGAGCUGGCGCUGCUGCACUCUGAGGGGCGCGCCGCCAACGUCAUGGCGCUCGAAGACUCCAAGGUGCUGACGCUGCGCAGGGAGGCCUUCCACCAGCUGCUGGGCCGCCUAGACACCCUCCGCCACAUGUGGCGCUUCGAGGCGCUGCGGCGCGUGCCGCUGCUCAGGGGGCUGCCCGACAAGAAGCGCGCCGAGCUGGCGGCGGCGCUGUCGCAGCUGGCCGUGCCCAAGGGCAGCGCGGCGGUCACGCAGGGCGAGGAGGGCAACGCCUUCUACAUAGUGGAGAGCGGCCAGCUGGCGGCCUUCAAGGACGGCGGCCCCGCGCCCGUCAUGGCGUACGGUCCUGGCGACUACUUUGGGGAGCUCGCACUCAUCAGGACGGACAGUCGCCGCGCGGCCACAGUCCGCGCGCGCACAGAUGCCACCCUGCUGGCCCUGGAGCGCGGCGACUUCCACCGCCUGCUGGGGCCCCUGGUGCCGCAGCUGCAGGCGGCCGCACAGAACUACAAGGGCUUCGCCGCAUCAUCCACCAGGAUCGGCAAGGAGGUCCAAGUCUCAGACCUCCAGCAGCUCGCGGUCCUGGGCGCCGGCGGCUUUGGCCGCGUGACCCUCGUCAAGGUCGCCUCCGCCGCCGCCACCGCCAGCCCUUACUACGCGCUCAAGCAGAUGACUAAGGCAUACAUCAAGGCGCAGGGCCUCGUGCGCCACGUGCACCGCGAGAAGCAGGCCAUGCUGGAGGUGGACUCCCCCUGGCUGGUCAACCUGGCGGCCACCCUCAAGGACGACCGCAACAUAUACAUGCUGCUGGAGGCCGUCCUGGGGGGAGAGCUGUUCGCAUACCUCCAGACGCGCCGCGCGGCCCUGCCGGAGCCCCACGCGCGGUUCUACGCGGCCAGCGUGGUGCUGGCGCUGGAGGCGCUGCACAGCCGUAACCUUGUGUACAGGGACCUGAAGCCAGAGAACCUGCUGAUCGACCAGGACGGAUACAUCAAGAUGGCGGACUUUGGUUUUGUGAAGAAGGUGCUGCCCGGGACGCGCACCAACACGCUGUGCGGCACGCCGGAGUACCUGGCCCCCGAGAUUAUCGCACAGGAGGGGCACUGGCAGGCUGCUGACUGGUGGUCAACAGGCGUGCUGAUCUUUGAGCUGGUGGCGGGGGCCUGCCCAUUCUACAGCGAGGACCGCAUGGAGAUGUACCGCCAGAUCGUGGCGGCAAACGUCAAGUGCCCGCCGCACUUCUCGCCGGAGCUUUGUGACCUGGUGAAGCGCCUGCUGGUGCGCCGCCCCGCGCUGCGCCUCGGCGUGCAGGCCGGCGGCGCCGACGACAUUAAGCGCCACCCCUGGUUCACCGGCUUUGACUGGGCCGCGUUUGAGGCGCACACCCUGAAGGCCCCCUACGUGCCCAAGGUGGCUCACCCGGGUGACGCGAGCAACUUCAAGCCGCAUGUCGACGACGGCGCCGCGGGCGGGGCGUACCGCGACCAGCCGUACAAGACCACCGGCGACUUUGCCAACUUCUGA